AUGAUGCGUCUGUACCUGGUCACCGCAGUCGCCCAAUUGGCGAUGGCUCUCUCGCAAGCGAAACCUCAAGCCAAACAGCAGACAUGGACCAUGUCCGGCAACUGGCGUGAGGCCGGCUGGCGACGAGAAUCUAGGGCGCCCGGAAACCACCCUAUCCGUAUGGACUUCACCCUCUCCGUUCCUGAGUCUGGCAUCUCGGCUGCCGAAGAUGUUCUCCGUGUCAUCUCCGACCCAAGUUCGGACAAGUUCCGCCAGCAUCUUUCUGCGGACGAGGUGUCUAAGAUGUUUGCCCCAUCAGCAGACGUGGUCCGUCAGACUGCGCAGUGGUUGAACUCUGCCGGCAUACCGCGCUCCAGUAUGAGCGUGAGUUCCGACGGCAGCCACAUUUUCUUCAACACCACCGUCGAGAGAGCAGAACGGCUCAUCGACGCUACGUUCUACAGUUACUCCAAGGACAACUCCGUUCAGCGGAGUGCCGUCUGCUGUCGCCAAGGCAAAGCCAUUCAACAUGCUGUCAACGGCAACUUUCAAGCGGCAGAGUCCAAAAAGUCAACAACUAGACUGCUUCAAGUAUAUGACGACCGAAUGUUAUCGGUCGCUUUACAACAUGCCCUCUACAAUGCUGUCGUCUCGCCUUCGCAAAACUUGUUGGGCAUCUACCAGCCUGCCUGGGUGAGCUGGCUGCCGGAGGAUCUCGACAGCUUCUUUUCGCGCUUCCAUCUGGGGCUUGUUGGUAAAAGACCAACAGUUCUUCCAAUCAAUGGAGGCUACCUGCAGGACGAUGUCAAAAUGUGGCCCUUCAACCUGGAGUCUAAUCUCGAUCAUGAGUACGCCAUGUCGCUUAUCAGCCCGCUCCCGGUCACGAACAUCCAGGUCGGCGAUCAGUUCCUCGGUGGCAAUCUGAACACCAUGCUGGGAGCAUAUAGCAAGGAGUACUGCCUUACCGGCCUAGAUCCCAACUUUGAUCCCGUGUAUCCGAACACGCGGCCUGGGGGCUACAACUCUUCGGACUGCGGCGUCUACGAUCCUCCAUAA